UAUUCUGCUUUGAUGGCAGAAUUGGGCGAAAAAGCUCCUGCGGGAGCAGCUGCUGGAAUGUUUCCACCUGCAACUUCAACUGGUGUGAAGCCAGCAAUGCCAUUAGGCGCAUUCCAAGCUCCUCCUGUACGACCGCGUUUUCCUCUUCCAGGACCACCAACACCAAUUGUCCGUGUCAACCUGUCAAAGCCUGGAAGUCAACCACCUGGAAAUCAUCCACCUGGAUAUCAACCUUGGGCAAGCGAAGCGCAAGGCAACUUUUAUGGAUUUUCUGGUCUUCCUGGUCAAGAUCCAGCUGCUGCAGCGGCCGCAUGGGCAGCAUGGCAAGGCUAUCCUACACCUGUUCCACCACCUCCGAACACUGGUGCUGAUGGUGGUGGAUCGUCAACAGGGGGUGGGUUGGCAAUGUUUCCACCUCCACCACCUCCUCCGCCACCAGUUCCUAAAGCUGAGGUUAAGGAAGAAUUUGGAUCGAUCUUUUCGGCACCGCCACCACCUAAUUAA